AUGUCAGAGUCAACAUACCAACCCCUUGCCGGCCUCUGGCAACCCACUCAGCUCCAGAAAUUACACUAUGGUUCUGGAUCCGUCCAGAGACAUCUACUCGAGUGCCUACCCACCGAAAACAGCAAAGCAUUCAUCAUCACCGGAUCCUCCCUCGCCACCAAAACACCCCUGAUCAGGAACGUCGAAACCUUGCUCGGAAGCAAGCACGCAGGCACCUUUUCCAAAAUCGGCCAACACGCUCCCAUCGCCGACCUGGACGCCGCCACCACCCACAUUCAACAGGCCAGCAAUAUUGACACCAUCAUCAGCAUCGGCGGGGGGAGUCCCAUCGACAGCGCAAAAGCCAUAUCCCACCGCCUGCACUCCCAAACUGGGAACUGGCUUUUCCACAUCACCAUCCCUACCACCCUCUCCGCCGGCGAAUGCACCAUGAUCGCCGGCUACACCUCUGCCACCGGCAUAAAAACUGGUCUCAGAGCGAAAGAGCUCGUACCCCACGUUGUCCUAUACGACGCCAGUUUCGCCCUGCACACGCCCGAGCCACUCCUUCUCUCCACGGGCCUGCGCGCGCUAGACCACGCGCUCGAAUUGCUGUACUACCCUACGGCGGCGGAAAUGCCGACCAAAUGGCUGUGUUUACAGUCUGCAGGGACCUUGUUUUCCCAGCUGCAAAAGUUUAGAAACGGGGAUCGGGGCGAGGAUACGGUGACGGCGUUGCAGCUUGCUGCGUUUGCGUCUCUCGGGUUCUGGGGCACGAAUGUUCAAGGCGGACUGGGUCUCUCUCAUGCGUUGGGGUAUGCGCUGGGGUCGCCGUAUGGGAUUCCCCAUGGUAUGACGAGCUGUCUUACUCUGGGGCAUGUUGUCAAGUUGAAGGCGAGGGAGCCGGCAGCGGCGGAACAGAUUGUACGCCUACUACCGGUUCUGGGAGAAGUGGAGAGUGGCGAUGUGCAGAGAGAUGCGGAGAGAGUGGGGGACAGGGUGUUGCAGCUUGUGAGGGAUUUGGGGUUGCAUAGGGAUUUGGGGGCGUGGGGGGUCAGGAAGGAACAGAUUCCGGUGAUUGUGGGGAGGGCGACGGGGUGUGAGGAGGGGGAGGUGUACGAUGCUGUUACUCAGUUGGUGGAGGGGUUGUUUGGUUGA